CUACGUCUCGUCGACUAGAACGGAUAAACCUUCUGUUUAUUAUAAAGAAUUUAAACUGCUCGUGCGACGUAUGCGCAUUGCUUUAUUUUCCAUAUAUGGCAACAUAUACAAACCUCUGAUUGACUUUAGUAGUUAUCGAAACAGUCGUGUUUUGAAUUUCGCCCGAUUAGCAACAAAACUUUAUCCUUUCCCCCUUACCGUCUAGCUAAAAAAUGACAGAAACAACGAGACAAAGUUUAUUAGAUGUGGUGGAAGGAAAUUUAAAGACUAUUAAUUAUAGUACGUACAUAACAAGAUUUUUAUAUUUUGGAGAAUAUUUUCACAGUUCGGAUGAAUUGCAAGAGGUAAUGGGGAAGAUUGUUAAUGCACUGAACGGGAAUUCGAAUGAAAAUUUAAUAACCGGUUUGUUGCUCGUUUAUCCAAGAUUUUACAUGCAUCUGUUAGAGGCGCCCGAAGACAUCAUUUACAUGCAUUUCAAGGAUAUUUAUGAGAAUAAGAACAAAGAGGGAAAAUUUGGGAAAGCUAUUAUUUUACCUACGUAUCACCACGUUUAUCACGCGGACGAGGUUGCUGGACUUUUAUUUAAUUUAAACGAAAAAAUACCUCAAUAUCUUCCGGAGAUGACCGUAUUGGAAUUUUUGUUAAAUGUAAAAUCAAACGUAUUGACGACAGUCGAGGAUUAUUUGCGAAUUUACAGGGACGUACCGUUCAUACAAUUUUACGGAGAUACAAUUUGGCCACCUCCGUCGGAUAAUAUUCCACGUUACGACGCGUUGGAAAAGUGCGUCGAUCGAUUGACUGACGAAGAUGAUGUAAUAAGGAAGAAAAUAUAGAUAUCUUGAUAAUUGUAAGAUUAAAACGAAAAUUAUUCAACUUGUUCGAGAUCUCAUCGAACGUGUAUUUUAUUUCUCUUUUAUAUUGAUUUUCAUCAUGACAAGAAUCGUAAUUAGAAUUUUUGUUCCAAUCUUGUGAGAUCUGUGUGUGUGUGUAUGUAAUGAUGUAGGUACGUAUGUGUGGAUGUAAACAACAUUCAUGAAUUAAAAAUAAAGUUCGCGUAUUUUUUGUAAUAAUCGUAUCGUCAACGUCAUUUACGAUUGAUCUCGAACGUGCAACGGACAAAAUUCGUCCAUUUUCUUUUCUUUUUUGUGUGUUUUUUUUUUUAUUGGUGCGUAUCUCUGUUUCUUUUUCUCUAAUUUCGUGUAAAAUUUUCUUACAAGGAUAAAUUACGCAUCUUCCAAUUUAGCAAUCACUAACGUAC